UUAGAGAACGGUACCAAGGGAGGGCCGACAUCUGGACAGACUAUGGAACCUCGAGGAAUCGGGCGGGAGAUCGUCUUUGUCGCUGUAGUGUGCAACGCCCAACUGCUCACACAAGCUGGUCUCGGGAUCUCUAUCGCGCCACUCCAUAUCAUCGGCGCUAAUUUUGGUACAUCGAAUGCACAACUUGCCUGGUUUCCAGCAGCUUACAGUCUGACGGUUGGCACAUUCAUCCUCUUCGCAGGACGUCUGGGCGAUCUUAUGGGAUACAAAAGGUUGUUCGUCGGAGGUUGGUUAUGGUUCGCCCUUUGGUCCCUUUUUGCUGGGGUCGCUGUAUACUCAGGUCAGAUCUUCUUCGACAUUUCUCGUGCGAUGCAGGGAAUUGGGCCUGCAAUUCUCUUGCCAAACGCGCUGGCUAUCUUAGGCCGUACGUACCCGCCUGGGAGACGUAAAGACAUGGUCUUCAGUAUCUUUGGUGCCACAGCUCCUGGUGGAUUUCUGCUUGGAGCUGUUUUCUCAAGUCUGCUGGCACAGCUCGCGUGGUGGCCUUGGGCGUAUUGGAUAUUAUGCUUCUACUGCCUCUUGCUCUCGGGAGCGAGCUUCAUGGUGAUCCCACCAGACGAUCCAGUUGCCUGGCCGAUACCUCGAGACAGAUUUGAUAUCUAUGGCACCGCAGCUGGCAUCGCCGGCCUGGUCUUCCUGAAUGUUGCUUGGAACCAAGCCGGCGCAGUUGGCUGGCAGGAGCCUUACAACUAUAUCUUCCUCAUAAUCUCGGUUGCCUUGCUGUCCCUAUUUGCUUACAUCGAGACUCAGGUGGCACAUCCAUUGUUGGACCUGGAGAAGUUUGCUGUCCAAACUUUAUGCGUGCUUGCUUGUUUGUCUGCAGGUUGGGGAUGUUUUGGCAUUUGGGUGUACUAUCUCUGGCAGAUAUUUGAGACCCUGCGAGACGCAACACCUCUACUUGCUUGCGCAUGGUACGCACCUAUUGCGAUAUCCGGACUGUGUGCUGCAAUUACAAUCGGACUCUUGUUGGCCAGACUCAGGCCCAUGAUGAUCAUGCUGAUAUCCAUGGCGGCCUUUCUGAUCGGCUCUGCGCUCGUGGCCUUCAUGCCCGUCGAGCAAAGUUACUGGGCGCAGACUUUCGUCGCCGUCCUAAUCAUGCCUUGGGGAAUGGGGAUGGCUGCAUCAGUCGUCAACACAGUAGUAAACUACUCAAUCUCAUUAAGUCUAGGCAUCGCAGGGACAAUCGAGAGGACUGUCAACGAGAGUGGCAAAAAUGUAUUAGCAGGGUAUCAUGGAGCGCUAUAUCUUGCAAUGGGCCUUUCAGGCCUAGGCUUUCUCGUUGCUGUGACCUCACUCCUCAGGGAGGUUACAAGCGAGAAGAGAUAA